AUGAUUCAACCUAAAGUCUUGACAUAAUUAUUAACUUAAUGUUAGAAUGAAUUUAAGGUGUAAUCUAUUUUUGUAGCAGCUUCAAUUGAUGGAUAAAUGAUUGCUUAAGUAGGUUAAACAUAACAUUAAUUACCUCAAUUUUCUACAUUGAGUAUAUUUUUUGAUGAUUGUAAACAAAUUGGAGGCAUUUAAUUAUGUAUUCUUAUAUUUAUAUAUUUAAAAGCUUAAAACAUUAAAUUGAAUUAUGUAUUUGUAGAAAUUGAAGAUCAAAGUAUUGUAUUGUCCAACUUUAAGAAUUUAUUUACAUUAGGAAUAGCAUCAUCAUAAAAUGUAGGAUUGUUAGUUUUGUAUAUGAAUAAAUUGCAUCAACAAUUAGAAAAGAUUAUUAAAUGA